UCUGUAGUCUCUGUUUGGUGAGACAGCAAAAACCGGAGAAUUCCGACAUCUGUUUUCAGAAGCCGGUCUUCUUCUUAUAAUAAUUCCUAUAAAUUUUUACUCAGCAAAAAAAGAGAUCUUUUUAUUUUUAUAUUUUAUUUUUGUUGGUCUUCCUGUUCCCAUCAUUUUUUCUUUGAAAAUUUCUGUUUGGUUAUUGAGAAAAGCUUCUCAAGUACUUGUUGCAGUACUGGAAAUGUCAAGAAACCAAGCAGAACAGUCCUGAGAAAAAAAGCUUUUUUUGGGGGGGUCUACUCACAGUUACAGAGUGAAUGUUGAUUCUGUGAAUAUCUAGAGUUGUUGUGAGCGGGUUUUUAAUUUAUAUUGUGCAUGGAGACAAGGGAAGGGUUGAAUUCAGGUGUCACGGUGAUAGGAGCAGAAGCUCCGUCAGCUUAUCAUGUAGCGCCAAGGACAGAAAAUGCCAGCCAGAUUGGGGCAUCAUCUACCAUGGCUGGGUCUCCUGUUACUGUUGGAUUGAUGGGAUCCAUGGAAAAGAAGAAGAGAGGUAGACCUAGGAAAUAUGGACCGGAUGGAACAGUUGCAAUGGCAUUGUCACCAAUGCCUAUUUCAUCCUCUCCUCCGGCAGGCGGUGACUACUCUGGUGGAAAGAGAGGUAGAGGACGAGCCAGUGGUUAUCAGAAAAAGCAGCACAAGGGACUGGAUAUGGAGAAUUUAGGUGGCUGGUCUGCUAAUUCUGUUGGUUCAAAUUUCACUCCGCACAUUAUCACUGUCAAUCCGGGUGAGGAUGUAACGAUGAAGGUUAUAUCAUUUUCUCAACAAGGACCACGGGUUAUUUGCAUAUUAUCUGCUAAUGGAGUAAUUUCAAAUGUUACCCUUCGUCAGCCAGAUUCUUCUGGUGGAACUCUAACAUAUGAGGGCCGCUUUGAGAUACUUUCGUUGUCUGGAUCCUUCAUGCCUACUGAAACUCAGGGAGCAAGAAGCAGAUCUGGUGGCAUGAGUGUCUCCUUGGCAAGCCCGGAUGGUCGUGUUGUUGGGGGAGGUGUUGCCGGGCUUCUAAUAGCUGCUAGUCCUGUGCAGGUUGUGGUAGGCAGUUUUUUACCUGCUAAUCAUCAUGACCAGAAACCAAAGAAGCCGAAGAACGAGUCCUUACCAGCAACAGUUGCACCAAAUUCUACCAUGGCUGAUGCAGUACCUCUUUCAAAUGCUGACAAAGAAGAUGGGAUUGAUGGACAUACACUUCAAAAUAACAUCAUGAAACCAAACCUCUCUUCUGCCAGUCCCUUCCAGAGAGAAAAUUGGGCCCCCAUGCAGGAACAAAGGAACUCAGCCACAGAUAUCAACAUUUCUUUGCCAAUAGGUUAAUUCGAUGAGCCAUGAUCAUGCAUCUCCAAAGCUAACUCGAUUGGUUCCCUAUGUUUUCUUAUAUUCUAUAUGGAAGUAGUAUGUCUUGUGUUAUUAUUGAAUACCAUAGUGGAGGAUAGAUUAGCAUUAGCUAUCAUGAUAUCCAGUUAGGCUUCAUAUCAGGACCUUAGGACAUGACAAUCCUUUCUAUGUUGUUCAAAAUCUGAUUGUUGGAGUUAUUUAUUAGUAGAAUCUUGUCAUGUAAGAAGUGGAAACAAAUGGCUACCUAUCUAUUUCUUCUACCGUAACUGAUGAGUUUGUUGAUGAAAUGGUGACGACUCUCAGGAUUUUAA